GUGGGUGGGCGUGUGUGCGCGCAUGCGCCUGCUUUCGUUUCCUUGCUUCGUGUCUAACGUAGCAGAACCCUGAGCAACGGGACCUCAAGCUCCAGCACUGCACAUAUUUUUGGACAUCAUCUGUUAGAAGAGUGAGAGAACAGUGCUAAAGGGACACCUGAAACUUCUCUCUCAGAGAGUGUGGAUUCACACUCUUUGCAAGACACCCAUACUAAAAUGUGGGAACAUGUUUCACGUUCAACAAUAAGAUGUGGAUGUGGUUUUAAAAUGUAAAGGAAUAUUAUACUGAAAAGACAGCAAUGGAGACUCGGUUGAAGAUGCAGGAGAGGAGAGAGGACUCUAAAUCACAAACAAGUAAAACACGCCCUUCCUCAGAAUUGAGGAUUGUGUUGCUUGGGUGUGUCCAAUCUGGGAAGAGUUCAGCAGGAAACACCAUCCUAGGCUGUGAGGAGUUUGAGUUAAAGAGAACUGCUCAGUGUGUGAAGAGAAAAGGAGAGGUAGCAGGGAGACGCAUUACUGUAGUUGAAGCUCCAGGAUGGUUUGUUAAUCAGCUUUUGGAAGAGAGCACUGAGUUUUGUAAACAGGAGAUAGUACUCAGUGUAACUAAGUGCCCUCCAGGACCCCACUGUCUGCUGUUGGUCAUAAAUUUGGACGACCGUAAAUUUGGAUUUACUGAGAAUCACAGAACAGAACUGGAGAAACACUUGAAACUUCUCACUGAGAGAGCGUGGAGUCACACUAUAUUGCUGUUCACUUUUGGAGACAGUCUAGGAAACAAACCCAUAGAGCAGUACAUAAAGAGUAAGAAGGCCCUCCAGUGGCUGGUAGAGAAAUGUGGGAACAGGUAUCACCUUUUCAACAAUGAGAGGAGAGGUGAUAAGACUCAGGUCACAGAACUGCUGGAGAAGAUAGAGGAGAUGGUGGCAGCAAACAAUGGACACUGUUUUGAAAUGGACAAAGAGAUUUUACAGGAUAUGGAAAAGAAGAGGAGAGCCGAAGAAGAGAGAGCAAAAGAGAGGUUGAUGAGAAUGCGGAGACAGCGAGAAGACAUCCAAACAAAAAUGGGUAACAAACUCCAUCUCUCAGAGCUGAGGAUUGUGCUGCUGGGUUACGGAUAUGCUGGGAAGAGUUCAGCCGGAAACACCAUCCUGGGCAGAGAAGCUUUUGAGAUAAAGAGAACCUCUCAGUGUGUGAAGAGAGAGGGAGAAGUAGCAGGAAGACACAUCACUGUGGUUAAAGCUCCAGGAUGGUGGAGAAAUCUGGGUGUAGAGGAGAGCACUAAGUUAGUUAAAGAGCAGAUAGUGCUCAGUGUGACUCUGUGUCCUCCAGGACCUCACUGUCUGCUUUUGGUCAUACGUGUGGACGCAAAAUUUAAAUCAAAGCAGAGAAAAGCACUCGAAGGGCACCUAAAGCUUUUCCCUGAGACCGUGUGGAAUCACACUCUAGUGCUGUUCACUUUUGGUGACUGUCUUAGAGACACACCCAUAGAGAAGCACAUUGAGAGUGAAUAUAAUGCUCUGCAGUGGCUUGUAGAGAAAUGUGGGAACAGGUAUCAUGUUCUCAACAAUAUGAACAGGAGUGAUAAGACUCAGGUCACAGAACUGCUGGAGAAGAUUGAGAAGAUGGUGGCAGCAAACAGUGGAGGCUGUUUUGAAAUUGACAGAAGAAUUUUACAGGAAGUGGAGGAGAAGAGAAGAACAGAAGUAGAGAGAGCAGAAACAAGGAGGGUGAAGGUGCAAAAACAGAGAGAGGACAUCCGAGCAAAAAUGGGUGGCAAGCCCUAUCUCUCAGAGCUAAGGAUGGUGCUGCUGGGGUGCAGAAAUGCUUGGAAGAGUACAGAAGGAAACAUCAUCCUGGGCAGAAAAGAAAUAAAGAGAACAGCUCAGUGUGUAAAGAGAGGAGAAGUAGCAGGGAGACGCAUCACUGUGGUCGAAGCUCCAGGGUGGUUCAGGAAUACCUGUGUAACAGAUAGUGUGUCGCUGUGUCCACCGGGACCCCACUGUCUGCUGUUGGUUAUAAAUCUGGACACCAAAUUCGAAACACAUCAGAGAAAACCGUUAGAGGAACAUCUAAAACUUUUUCCUGAGAAAGUGUGGAGCCAUACUAUAGUGCUGUUCACUCAUGGAGACUGGUUGGGAGACACACCCAUAGAGCAGUACAUAGAGAGUGAAGGGGAGGACCUCCAGUGGCUGGUAGAGAAAUGUGGGAACAGAUAUCAUGUUCUCAACAAUAUGAACAGGAGUGAUACGACUCAGGUCACAGAGCUACUGGAGAAGUUAGAGGAGAUGGUGGCAGCAAACAGUGGAGGCUAUUUUGAAAUUGACAGAAGAAUUUCACAGGAAGUGGAAGAGAAGAGAAGAACAGAAGUACAGAGAGCAGAAACAAGUAGGAUGAAGGUGCAAAAACGAAGAGAGAACAUCCGAGCAAAAAAGGGUGUUAAACACCAUCCCUCAUACCUUAGGUUGGUGCUGCUGGGGGAUACUGAGUCUGGAAAGGAAUUAGUUGGAAACAUCAUCAUGGGUAGAAGGUUGUUAAAGUCAAAGCAAACUGAUCACAGUUUAAUGACACAUGGAAGAGUAGCAGGGAGACACAUCACUGUGGUCGAAGCUCCAGGAUGGAGGAAUCUUAGUGUAGAGAAGAGCACUGAGUUGGUUAAAGAGCAGAUAAUGCUCAGUGUGACUCUGUGUCCUCCAGGACCUCACUGUCUGCUGUUGGUCAUACGCUUGGACAGACCAUUUCAGGCAAAGCAGAGAAAUGCACUGGAGGGACAUCUAAAGCUUUUCCCUGAGACCGUGUGGAAUCACACUAUGGUGCUGUUCUCUUUUGGGGAGUAUCUGGAAGACACACCUAUAGAGCAGCAUGUUAAGAUGGAAGAGAAGAACCUCCAGUGGCUGGUAGAGAAAUGUAGGAAAAGGUAUCAUGUUCUCAAGAAUAUGAACAAGGAUAAAGACACUCAGGUCAGAGAACUGCUGGAGAAGAUAGAGAAGAUGGUGGCAGCAAACAGUGGAGGCUGUUUAAAAAUCGACAAAUGGAUUUUACAGAAAGUGGAAGAGAACAGAAGAGCAAGAGAGCAACAGCUAAAGGACAUGCAAGCAAAACAAGUGAGAAUUCUUAAGAAUCGUCUCUCAGAGCUGAGGAUUGUGCUGCUGGGUUACAGAUAUGCUGGGAAGAGUUCAGCAGGAAACACCAUCCUGGGCAGAGAGAGAUUUGAGAUAAAGAGAACUGCUCAGUGUGUGAAGAGACAGGGAGAAGUAGCAGGGAGACACAUUACUGUGGUUGAAGCUCCAGGAUGGCUGAUGGAAACUCCUGAAACAAAGAGCUUACUAAAAGAGGAGAUUGUUCUCAGUGUGUCUCUGUGUUCUCCUGGACCUCAUGCUCUACUGCUGCUCAUACGUUUAGACACUGUGUUUGAAGACAGUGUGAGAAGAGCUAUAGAGAGACAUUUAAUGUUUCUUACUAAGCAAGUGUGGAGACACACUAUAGUGCUGUUCACUUGUGGAGACCGGCUGCAAGGAACUCCUGUAGAGCAGUUCAUUGAAAGUAAAGGGAAGGACCUCCAGUGGCUGGUAGAGAAAUGUGGGAACAGGUAUCAAGUUCUCAACAAUAUGAACAGGAGUGAUACGACUCAGGUCACAGAGCUGCUGGAGAAGAUAGAGGAGAUGGUGGCAGCAAACAGUGGACACUGUUUUGAAAUAGGGGAAAAGAUUGUUCAGGAGGAUGAAGAAACAAGUAGGGAAGAUGCAGAAAAAUCACACAAUCAAAAGACACUUCCUGGACACUGUGUGAGUUUUUGGAUGGAAGAUGAAGACAAUCUGUGUGCAGAUGCUGAAGGAUUUGUUCCUGAAAUGAUAGAGCACAAGACAAAUAACUAUCACAGGUUUCAGUGCCCUCAUGCUGGUCGGUUUCAGUGCAGAUUGACCAACCUUGUGUUUGAGAUGGAAGGAAAAGGGGAGGUGCUGUACAGAAUAGACUCAUGGGAUACCAAUGUGUUGGAUGGAUUAGGCCAGAUGAAGCCUGCAGGACCGCUGUAUGACAUUGACUGCUUUGAAGGGUCAAUCAAUUACCUGUACUUUCCACACUGUGAGAUACUUACUGAUCAGGCUGAGCUGGCUGUAGCACAUUUCACUAGUGGAAAUCUGGAGAUCAUUGAACCAUUGAAAGUGACAAACACACAUGUAAUCAUUGCUAUUCGAGACCUGUCCAUCUUUGCCCUCAUAUCCAAGAUAUUUUUUGCUGGACCCAUUAACGCCCAAGUGCUGUUCUUCUACAAACCAGUAACUGGAGUACAAAACCUGAGGGAAAUGCACAUUCAUUUGUUGCCAGGAAAUGUGCCUCUUACAGAGGUGAAAAAUCAGUAUUUGGACUUCACAAACGUUAGGACAAGUUCAAAAUGCCAGCUGACACCUGGAAGAAAAUACAAGGCAUCAUGUGGCCCUUAUGUACCUCAGCCACAGGUUGAGACAUUUGAACGUGACCAUGGUCCAAACUACCACCCUGCAUUUGUUGUACAUGUUGAGUCUGUGAGGAUUACAGUAAGCCUUUUGGAUGAAAAUGGCAUGGAAGUGUGGGAACCCCAUCAGUUCUUUCUUACAGGUGGUAACACAGACCUGCUCAACAUGAAUACAGAUGCUGAAUUUGUAAAUAAAUAUAGGCAGAAGCUCAUUAAGAGAGUUUCCUCUGUGAUGGAAAUUGCUGACUGCCUGAAAAGUAAACAGAUGAUCACUGAUGAAAUGUACAGCGACAUACAAGCUGCAAAAACAUCUCAUGAACAAAUGAGGCUCUUGUACAUAGCUCUGGACUCAGGAGGAGCAGCUGUGAAAGUGGAAUUCUAUAAUAUCCUCAAAGAAAAGCAGCCUUUUUUAGUAGAUGAUCUGGAGGCUGGACCCAGCGAGGCCUAAUAGGCCUUUGUACAUUUUCAGGAAUCACAAGUGUUUUUGUCAACAGCAAGUGCUGUGAGGACCCUGACUGGCAGAGAAGCUUCACUGCUGUUCUGCUGUUCUGAGACCAGUGCAUAUGAACUAUAGGAGACAACACGCUAUCUGAGAGAAGUGCUGGGAACCUCUCCUCAGAUAGAGCCAGCUCAAAGUCACUCAGAAGAGCUUUACAUCCACGCUUUUCUUUGCUUUCACGUUCUCACAGACUUAAACUACGCUAUGAUAGGAACUAGUGGUUGGUACUGGUUAACAUGUCAUUUGCAUAAAGGUAUAAUUUUGUCUGUGUUGGCUUAGGGGAGAAGAUGCUCAAGGGUACUCUCUUCCCCUCGCCUGGCUUUUCCUUUCUUUCUCUCGAUUUGUCGCUCGCUCCCUGGGUUGUGAAUCUCUCGAGAUAUAAUCAUGUGUUGACCUGUUGAUGUUUUUUUAUAAUUUUAUUAUGUUUUAACCAUUUAUCAAUAAUUGUUACUUUAUUUGGUUUGACCAGUGAACGCUAACAGUCAUUCCUCAAGCAAAACAGCCCUACCUAUAAGAUAAAUAAAAUAUUACAUAAAUGUUAUCUGAUAUAAUUGGUUUUAUUGUAUAAGAAAAUGAACUGUUAGUAAAUCUGCACAGUCAGUUUAAAAAUCAUGUAAUUUAUUUUGGAUCAGUAAGGCUACUUAACUGCUUAUAUGAGCAAACCAAAUACAACUGUACUUUUUUUUUUUUUUUUUUUUUACAAA